AUGGAUGACUUAAGGAAAUUUGCUGGAAAAUUGUACUUCGCAGACAAUAAAAAUUCGAUUCCCUUGGAAUGUAAAGAACCUAAUAUUUGCUCGAUUUGUGGACGUGAAAUUUCUUCUAAUCUUUCGGAACCAGUAAUUAUACUCGAUUGCAGGCACUUGUUUCACUGGACAUGUAUUAUAAAUUAUAAUCGUUGUCCCUGCAAAUAUGAAGGCUUUCAUGAAAUACCUAAAAGUCGGUAUAUAGAAAUAUCGCCUCCACCUUUUCUUAAAAAAAUAUUAAACCAUGAUCAACAAACGCAAGCCAAUGUUCAACAAACGCAAGCCAUUGUUCAACAAUCGCAAGCUAAUGUUCAACAAACGCAAGCCAAUAAUCCACAAAUGCAAGCAAAUUAUCAAGCAAAUUAUCAACAAACGCAAGCACAAACGCAAGAAGCAAAUGAUCAAGAAGCAAAUGAUCAACAAACGCAAGAAGCAAAUGAUCAAACACAAGCAAAUGAUCAAGCAAAUGAUCAACAAACGCAAGCAAAUGAUCAAGCACAAGUUAAUGAACCGGCUAAUGAUCAAGUACAAGUUAACGAACAGGCUAAUGAUCAAACCCGUGAACAGGAAAAUGAGUCAGCAGAAACAUUAAAAGCUCCAACAGUAUCGUCAAAAAAGCCACGCAAGCCAAAGAUACCAAAAAAGUUAGAGCGAGUGGUCGAGGUUUUAACUACUGCCAUGCCUCGUAAAAUAACCGUCCCUGUCAUUAUAGAUGAUACAACCUCCAAAUCGGCAGGAGAAAUAUUAGUUGAUCUAUAUAAUCUUGCCGAAAAAGCAGAAAAGAAUACUGAAAAUUGUAAUGUGAUGGAAAUACGAAGGUGGUAUAAUUAUGGUGAAAAAUUUGAGAAUCGAGUGAAAGAAUUAACAAAUGAAGGCAUGGAAGACAGGUCGGCUCGUACAUAUAUCUACAAGGAUAUGCUACGCCACCUUUCAGAAUCAGGCUUAACAAUAGGUAAUCUUCGGCAGAAGACAUACAAGGCGCGAAACUUAUAUUAUUUAUUUAGUAAAGUUGGCACUGAAAAAAUUAAUCAGGCCAGAAUUUUUUCGGCUAAUCAACUUUCAGAAUUUAAGCGAGAUGAUAUUGAUGAAAUUAUUAGACAAGUAAAGCCUAAUAUAGUACAAUUAUCUAUUUCUAACGAAAAAUUGGCUAAAAAGGAUAUACGCAUUGUCACGAAGUUGAAAGCAUUGUAUAUAGUCUAUGAUCUUGCUCUUGCUGCGCUAUAUCGAGCUGAACUAGUCUGA